UGAGCUUUGCGAACCUCGCCCUCUCCUUAAAUACAUCCUGUUCUCUCGGACCCUACAUCGCCAAUUGGACCAAACGCCCCGUGCUCUUGUAACCCCCACCCUCAGUCUACUCAUACUCCGCAAGGAACCAAACCCAAAGCCCCCAGCUUUCAAGCAUGACGGCACCGACAUCGCCCUCGGGCCGGGUCCUCAUCAUCGGCGCAACCGGUUUCAUCGGCCGGUUCAUCACGGAGGCGAGCAUCGAAGCGGGCCGGCCGACCUACAUCCUCGUUAGGCCUGGCUCGAGCAGCCCCUCCAAGGCGAACGCCAUCGAAAUUCUGCAAAAGAAAGGCGCGAUCGUCGUGCAUGGGUUGAUAGACGACAAGAGUCUGAUGGAGGCAAUACUCGAGGAGCAUGAGAUAGAGAUUGUGAUCUCGGCUGUUGGGGGCGAGCAAAUUUUGGAUCAACUCAGUUUGGUGGAGGCCAUUAAAGCUGUUCGUACCGUCAAGAGGUUCUUGCCGUCGGAGUUUGGGCACGACGUGGACCGGGCUGACCCGGUGGAGCCAGGUCUCGCCAUGUACAGGGAGAAGCGCAAGAUCAGACGGUUGAUAGAAGAUCACCAGUUGCCGUACACCUACAUCUGCUGCAACUCCAUCGCCUCUUGGCCCUACUACGAUAACAGGCACCCUUCCGAAGUACUUCCUCCGUUGGAUCACUUCCAAAUCUACGGUGAUGGGACCGUCAAAGCUUAUUUUGUUGCUGGGACCGACAUCGGGAAGUUCACCAUGAAGACGGUGGACGACGAUAGGGCGCUGAACAAGUUGGUGCAUUUCCGGCCGCCUUGCAACAACUGCAACAUGAACGAGCUAGCGACCUUGUGGGAGAUGAAGAUCGGACGCACCCUCCCUCGUGUCACCGUCACCGAAGAGGACCUCUUGUCUGUCGCCGCGGAGAAUCGCAUACCGCAGAGCAUCGUCGCCUCGUUCACUCAUGACAUUUUCAUUAAAGGCUGUCAAGUUAACUUUUCGAUCGAUGGCCACAACAAUGUCGAUGUGAGCAGUCUCUAUCCGGAAGAACCCUUCCGCACACUCGAUGAGUGCUUCAGUGAAUUCGCCGCCAAAAUGGGGAAGAAAGUCCAUCCCAAAGGAGAAGUCGCCGCACAGAAUCCCGUGAUGGAGGCCAUUGCAAUCGCAGCGAUGUGUUCAUAAUUGUGUUCUCGCAUCGCAAGGUCUCGCCCUCUAGGAUCCCCGAUUUAGACGGCACAGAAAGUGCAAUUGAUCUCAUAUAGUGUCCCGGAAAGAACGUGCUCAAUAAAUAUUGUCUGCUGCUUUAAAUGGUUCAUGUGAUUGGAAUGCUAUGUUCUGAAUAAGGAGCACAGCCCCUUAGCAAUGGAGUCAAUUUUAAAAUCUUGUCAAUUUGGAUCUUA